CUUGUCCAGAGCUUUCUGGGCUGAUAGAAUUUAGUCUCUUCUCUCGCUUGCAUUGUUGUUGCCUCCUACUUGUUUGGCUAACCAAUCAUUUACCACAAUUCAAGUUGCGUCUUCUACAUACAUACCAAGAAUCCGGCUAAGAAUGUCCCUCGGCGCCCUAUCAACACCGGCCGGUGGUGGCAGCAGACAGGAGAACAGUGGAUUAACAGCUCUUCAUAGAACUCCUGUCACCCUGGCUUCCCCAACUUCCAACACCACGCCCAAUACCUACCUUAUGCCCACCAGCCCUUCCAAGAUCAGCCGUGGGAGCGAUGGCUACCGUCCAACAGUGAAGAAGUCCGCCGGGCAAGUCCCCGCUUGCCUUGUAAAUGCAUCUGUGACAUACUGCGGAAAUAACCAGAUAUAUGCGUUUGGUGGAUUUGAUCAAUAUACAGAUGAGGGUUAGUGAACUGAGCAACCUAUUCUGUUCUUUGCUGCACUUUAUCCACUAACUACCUACCUUCAUCUGAAUAGUUUACAACCACGUUCGCCGACUAGACUUGAACACAUUGACAUGGACACUGGUAAAUAACUAUGGAGACAUACCGGGCGUUCGAAUGGGUUAAUUGACUCUAGUGCUUCAUUUAUCCUGUUCAGGCUGACGAAAGUCCUAGGCCAUACUGCGUCCCUCUACCAAGAUGACAAGCUAAUUGUAUUUGGAGGCGAGAAUGAACGCCGUGAAUACCUUUCAGACAUCAUCAUAUUGGACCUUAACACCUAUACUUGGACAUCGCCCGAAGUUCGUGGACCCAUUCCGAGAGGGAGGGCUCGCCAUGCCUCCGUGAUCUACGAGGAUAAACUGUUUGUGGUAGGUGGUGUUACUGGCGAAACCAAUUAUAUCCUCGACGAAAUGUGCUAUCUCGACCUCAAAACCUGGACCUGGUCCCGUACUUGGAGCUUCGUUGCCCGCUUCGAUCACACUGCUUGGGUUUGGGGAGGCAGACUUUGGGUUUUCGGAGGCCUUGGGAUUGACAUGGAACGCGGAACGGAUCUGUGGUGGCUGGACUUGAAAGGAAACCCGUCCUUCAUGGGUACUUCGGCAGCGUCUCAAGGUACCGUCGGAUCCCCAGGAAUGGCAAACAGGAUGACUUACAGCCCAGACAUGCAUUUUAGUACCCCAUCACAGAUUUCCGGACGGCCUAAUGGCUAUGCACCCAACUCGGGCAGUGUCCAAGUUCGAUCUCUGGGUAGACGGAGACCCAAUGCUCCUGGAGCCGUAUCUUCUAUUAAGUUUCACUCCGGCCCGUAUACUCCCGUGCUGCUCUCCGGAACGCAUUUCCAUGUGUAUUCUUCUGGCGUUCUCCUUGAUCUGGUCACCCCUUCUGAAACCGUUCGGCCAUGGGAAUGCAAUCUCUCCUCUUUGGAGUUAGAUUCGUUACGCUGGCAAAGGCUUGCGGAUGGCCCCGAGAUAUUCAAAGCCGGAUAUCGCUGGCACUACUGCACUGUCAACGAAGACGGUACCAAGGCAUGGCUUCUUGGCUGCAACUUAAAUGUUGCUAACGCACCAGGUCUGGGCGACGAGAACCAUUUAAGUGAAGUUCUUCCUAUAGACCUCGAGCGAUACGGCGUCUUGGGCAAUGAAUCACUCAACCAAAGAUCACUCAACGUGGACAGUGAGCAUAACUCUCAGCUAUCUAGCUUAGGAGCGGAAUUGGCUGCAGUUUUUGACCAACCUCCGGAGUCAGGAAGCGGGACAGAUUUUAUAAUCACCGCUGACUGUGAUGAUCCUGGGUACUCCAGUGAUGAGGAAUCUUCAGGAAUGGCCGACUCCUCGCAGCCAACCUCUACCUUUUUGCCGCCCGAUGCUGCCACAUCUGCUCCAAUCCACGUUCACCGCAUCAUUCUCCAAGCACGGUGGCCUCAUUUUAAGCGCCUAUACGCGGCUCAAAUGGCAGAAUACCAUACAAAAAGAAUGCAUAUUCCUGAGCCAUACAAGGUUGUUCGUGCAUUCCUGCAUUACUUAUACACGGAUAGUAUUUCCUGCCACCCCGAAUUGUGCCCCGGUGUCACUGAAGUGGCUGGGAUGUUAGUAAUGGCAAACUUAUACGAUAUGCCACGACUGCGCCAGCUAUGUGUUCAUCGUCUUAGCCGCGAGUUAGCGGUUGAAAACGCUGCUAUCGUAUGGGAGCGUGCUGGGCGAACAAACGAGGAAUGGCUCAAGCGUCGUGCAGCGGUGUUCUGUAUGGCUAACUGGGGACGUAUUGUAAGAACAGAAGGCUUCAGAAGCCUCAACAGACAGAGCCUUAUGGAACUAUGCGAGGUGGUGGAUACAGAAGGUCGAGUCGUCGGUGGCCACGAACUCGAGUUUACCGGAAGCUGGGGAAGCGAUCGGUACGACCCGAAUGGUGACAUGAAGCGAACUCGCUUGCCUCUUCUCGGUGACGGCGAAGAUAUCGAUGGAGAGGAAGAUGAUGGAAUGGAGCUUACAUGAAAUUCUAUCGCGGGCGGACUUGGAGGACUUCCGAAGGUGUUUGAUGGGAUGUUUUAGUAAUGACGAGAUGAUCACACGGCGAAGGGACGAAUUUUCGGAGUUAGGCGAGGCAUGGGGCGCUAAAUGAUAGUUUCUACAGCGAGCAUAUCUUCGAGAGCUUUUUGACAAAUAUACGGAAUAGACCAAUUUCAUACUGCAUUAAAUUU